GAUUCUUCUCCCGGAGAAGCGCCGCGUCCACCGUCUUCUCUGGCAGUGACGCCUCGUUUAUUUUACGGUCUUCUCCGGCAGCCGCGCCUCGUUUACCGUCUUCUCCAGCAGCCACCACGACCGAAUCAGGAUACGAUCACUUGUGUCGGUGAUAAAAUGAGUGAAAUUGAAAUCCUCGCACAUGAACUAGUAGUUGAGGUUCUCAAGGAGCAAAUCAAUGAAGUUUCUACUGAGAAGGAACAUAUUGAGAGCAAUCUCAACCGUGUGACUAUGGAUCUGUCCCUCCUCAGUAAAGAGGAGCUUAGGUUAUCUGAGCUAUUUCACCAAUUGAAGGCUGAUAUUGAUAAAGAAAAGCUUCAUUUAUCUGAGCAAGUUGAAAAAUUAGAGGGUGUGUUGAAUGAUGAAAUAGCCCAGGGUCGUGCACAUGCCGAAGCCUCCUCAAAGUCUCAUUCAAGCAAAUUUAGCAAACUAGAAGAUUCAGCUUGCAAGAAGAUUUCAAAGCUGGAAACUAUGAUUCGAAAGAGCAUGGAGGAGAAGCUACUCACGGAAGCUGCACUUGAAUCUAUGAGGAAGGAAUAUGCAAUGACGGAUCCAGAGUAUCGUCAACUUCUUGACCGGUGUGAGGAGCUUGAGAACAAAUACAAGGAGGCUAUAGGAUCCUUGAUGAAGUCUGGCAAGGAGAAGAAGAGUCUUCAAGAGCGAGUUAGUAAACUUGAGGAAGAUCUCUCUCUCACGGGCAGGGCAACCCAAGUUAAGUUAUGGGGAAGAAAUAGGGGAAGAUGAAAAAGCAACUUGUUUAGAGUUCAGUUUUAGUUUUACAUAAUUUUCCUUGUAAAUUAAUUCAUAGUCGAUCGAACCCUGAAAUACACUCAAUGCAUGCAGGAUAGUGGAUACAAAUACAAAAGGGGAAUAUGAGUUGUU